AACAUGUUCCUGGAAGAAAAGGCUACAAAUAGGCUGCAUUGGCUGGAAACCAGAAGAGAAGCCAUAACAGUAGAAAAGUUCUAGAAAUAUUUUCAUGCAGAAGCUACAAGAACAAAAAGCUUAUUUUCAUUGAUAGCUUGUUACAGCUCUGAAGAGGGUUUAUAUGAGAUGCCUCCAGAACAGGGAACUGAAUUCAGUAAACCAGAGACUUGUCCCAGCUCUUGUGGAGAGCAGGGACUCACAUGAAGAAUAUUACAUCAGCAUUAGGAGAACAAGCAUAACAAAGAAACUUUCCAUCUCCAAAGAAAUCAAUCUAUGUCUUUUGAUUUCCAAAUGGGAUCAAUGGUCCUCUUCUUCUUGGACCCAGGUCUUUCCCAUAUCCCAUGCAAGUUAACCCACUGGUGAGGGGCAAAACAUCAUUUAACAAAUUACAAACACUUGUUGCAGCCACCAAAAAAGAAAGGUUCCUUCACUCCAAAUAUGCACCUCAUUUUCUGAUGCAAACCUGCUGCUUCCCACAUGUCUUUGUGCCCAUUUCUGCGUGCACUGCUGUCAUGUCACAGGAUGCUCCAGGCUUUUGCCUUGAAUUUUGCCUUGAAGUUCAUGCCUUUCUUCCACCACCAGCUGUGGCCAAUGACUGGCCAUGUGAAAUAAUUUCAAAAGAAGAUGAAGUGUAUCCUGUGCCUGUGUUUACUCCUUGCUGUUCUUUGUGCUGUAACCCAUUGCCGCCAUGAAGAUAUUUGCCAUGAAGUCAACAAUACUAAUCUGCAAGAUGGAACAGAAAAUUUAUUAACACAUAACUGUGACAAGCAAGGCUCAAACUAUGCAGAUUUUGUAUUUAGAUUUUACAAGCAGGCUAUAUCAAAAGAAGCUGAUGAAAAUGUUUUCUUUUCUCCCAUGAGCAUCUCCACUGCAUUUGCCAUGCUGGCUGUUGGUGCUAAGUCAACCACCCUGUCUCAGAUUUUUGGAGGACUGGGCUUUGACGAUCUGACUGAGGCUCGCAUACAUGAAAUACAUGACAGUUUUCACAAAGUUUUAUCCAUACUGAACUGUGCUGAUGCUAAUAUCACAUUAAAUAUAGGGAAUGCCAUUUUUACAGCUACUGGGUAUGAACCACAGGAGUCAUUUUUACAAAAUAUCAAACAAUUUUAUGAUGCAGAUUUUUUUAAUAGCGAUUUCCAUAAACCAGAAGAAACUAAGAAGCAAAUCAAUAAAUAUAUAGAGGAGAAAACCAAGGGGAAAAUUCCUGAAUUAGUUGGUCAUCUUGAACCAAGUACUGUACUAGUUCUAAUUAACUACAUUUAUUUUAAAGCUGCCUGGGAGAAGUCUUUUGAUCCUUUGCGUACAUAUGAGGAUGAUUUUUUUGUGAACACAAAUGCAUCUGUUAGAGUCAACAUGAUGCAGCAUGACAGUAACUCUAACAGUUACUACGACCAGGAUCUCUUCUGUGAGGUGAUAGAGCUGCCUUACCAGGGCACUGCACGAGCAUUGCUCAUUCUGCCUGAUGACGGAAAGAUGAAGCAAGUGGAAGAUGCUCUCUCCAAGGAAACUCUUUGCAAAUGGAAUAACAAACUUAUGCCCAGGAGAUUAAAUCUGCAGUUACCGAAGUUUUCUAUUAGUGGGUCUUACGAUGUUAAAAACCUGUUUGAGAAAAUGGGCAUUACUGAAGUGUUCUCAGGUAAUGCUGAUCUGUCUGGAAUUAGUGGCAGCCGUAAUCUCCAGGUUUCACAAGCAAUUCACAAGGCCCUGCUGGAAGUUGAUGAGGCUGGAUCUGAAGCUGCAGGAGCCACUGCUGUAAUCUCUACCAGAGUUCUGUAUCCUUCUGUUACCAUCAAAUUCAACAAGCCCUUCCUUAUUUUGAUCUCUGACAAGCUAACUGGCACUACACUUUUCAUGGGGAAAAUUGUUGAUCCUACUAAAAAGUAAUUGCUGAGUUAUUUGGCAUAUUGGUGUUGGGCACGAGUUGUAAUGGGUACAGUGUUCGCAUUCAUGGGCUAGUUAGUGCUACUAACUACUCUUUGACUGAGGGAUAUUCAGAAGUAAAUGAGGAAUUCCUCGUCAAAUUAAUAAGCAAAAAAUUAU